AACUGCGAGUGCAUAUCAUUUUCUAGUCAGUCUCCUGGUUCUUUAGUUUUAACAGCUUCAAUUCGCAUCAUUCUUUUUGUUUGUAUUCAUACGAUGACCCAAUGAGUUUAGAUACCCUAACUCGUAAGGUUCAUCUUGCUAAACUAAAGGGAUGGAAAACUGGUCAAAUUUACGGACAAUUGACCACUGAUGAAACGUGUCUUUCUAUCAUUCUCUACGGAGUGAGCUUUGGGAAAGACCAUUAUACGUGGCGUUAUUUUGAAACAUGGACAGCAUUGUUGACGACAAUAAUCUACCACAAAGACGUUUUUAAGCGCAUUUUUUCUUGCUUAGUCUCACUAGAUUGGUUGCAACGGCCGUUCACUCUUGACGAAGUACGAGACAAGUACAUAUCAUUAGACUCAACUACUCGUGAAAAUGUUCUUAGAGUCAUUCUAGAUACCUGCAAAGUUGGUGCCAGACAUGUAAAUGAUCUGCUACAACUCAGUGCCGAUGGAUCUAGUAGUAGUCGUACUAAGCGACCAUCUUCAGAUAGCACUCAACUUGAAGGACCUUCAAGAGCAAGGCAAAGAAGCGGACAUGAAGGACAAUUGAGUGUGGGGAUGCACCAGAUUUCGAUAGACGACGAGCAGCCAGGACCAUCGACAACUUCGCAGCAUAUCGAUGAAGUUGGGAGCACCACAACUGAUAAUAGAGAAUCAGAGAUUCAAAGGCUGUGUGCUUUAUGUGACGAUGGUACAGCGGUGUUGAUAAAAAUGCGACUUGAUGGUGCACAGACCCUUAUAGGCCAUUUAGAGAAAUUGGGGGAUUUUCACAAAUUAGAAACUGUCAAUCAGCACUUAAUCAAAAAAACAUUACAUGUCCACCAGAGCUGUAGAAUGGACGUGGUUAAUGAUUUUCAUAAACUCUUGAAUGAAGCCGAAAACAAGAAGAAGGGGCCUCGGCGUGUAAGUAAAAGGGGCCGAGGAUUUGAUGACAGUAACGAUACCGAAGAAACUAAGACGAUCUUACUAUACAAGGAUAAAUGUAUUAUCUGCCUCAAACCACUAAAGCACGCUCGAAAUAAUCGAGAUCGAUACAAGGAUAAAUACAGAACAAUAUGCACAAUCGAAGUUAAAGCGAGUCUUGAGGAAAUGUGCUUAGCGAGGGGCGACGAUUAUGCAAUGGAAGUUUAUGGAAGAUUGCAGGGUCUUAACGAUCUUGUUUCUGAAGAAGCUAUGUACUGCGAAAAUUGUCAUAGAGACCUUUCGAGACCACCUAAAUCCCGCGAAGUCCAGGUGGGUAGGUCGACAGAUGGAGACAAAGAAAAAACAUUCAACCUUCUCUGCCAAUGGAUAGAUCAAAAGGCAGAGCACGGGGUAUUCACUUUGGAGUUUCUUUAUUGCAAACUUCAGUCGUUUGUCGAUGAAAAUGACGGGAUCAAAGACUGUUACACGCGAAAGUAUCUUAAAAUUAAACUUCUAGAUCAUUACAAAGAAAGUAUAUACUUUACAAAUGAAGAAAGAAGGGCAGAUGUACUUUGUUUUAAGGAUAAGUGUAGUCAGAUUCUGAGGGACUAUUGUAAGAACGAAGACUUGUCUCUAGAACAGCAGAAACUGGAGCUUAUGGCUGCUGCAGCAAAAGUUUUGAUGAACGACAUUAAAACAAUCCCCAUCAAUGGGAAGCUUUACCCCACUGUUAAGGAGAUGGCAGAUGAUUACGAUGUACCCAACUCUUUGACGUACCUUUUGAGUACUUUACUUAACUCGAAGAAGCAUGUAAAUGUAUGGGCCCAGAAUAUAGUAUCAGCAUUAAGACCAAGGUCAGGUCCUAUGCCUAAGCAGCUUGGAGUGGCUCUCUUGUUGGACCACAAGUUUGGUUCAAAACAUCUAAUCGAACAGAUUCACAAACUAGGAUACUGUUCAUCCUAUCCUGAAGUGCUCCAAUAUAAAUGGUCGUAUUUAAAGAACAAGUAUUCCAACCACCUCGAACCUAUACCUGAAUAUGUGGCUGUGGAAGAUUUUCAAAUUGCAUGCAGUGAAGACGAUGAAGAUGAAGAUGUGGAAAAUGAAGAAGAAGCUACUGAUGAUGAAAUGGAUAAAAGUAUAGAUUUUGGUGAUGAAAGUGACCGUGAUAGUGAAAUAAGCUUUGAAGAACAGGUCGAGACAGAAGAUUUCCCAGUUCUGAAGGAGGUUGAGCAAUUUGUUGGCGAUAAUAUUGAUUUGGCGAUAAGGUCACAAUAUGGCAAUACUGCCUUCCACGCUAUGGGUCGAAUGAAGAUUAUCUCACCAGCACCCACGGAUGUUAUCGAACCUAUUAUUGAAAGACAACGAUUAAAGCCUGACGAAAAAGCAACUUUGCUUAAUGAUCUAACAAUAAAGGUUUACCCCUAUCACCCCCUCAAAGAAAAUGGUCUAAGCACAGUCACAUUCAGGCCAUUUGAUAAACUACAGCGAAAGUUUGUUUAUGAUACCUCUUGCCUUGGAGACACCGCUUUUUAUGCAGCGUGGCUCAUUUUCAUGAAACUUACCCAUGCCAAUCCUCCCGUCAAUUGGAAAGGUUUCAUGAAAUCGCUGCAUAAGCCCAAUGUGAAGGCAAGAUCACAAAUUGAGUUCCUGCAGAUAAUCGAUCAACCCCCAGACAGCUACUCAACAGUCUAUACAACACUUAUUGAGUGCUUGAAGACAGCCUCAAACAAACCGAUGAUAAUCACCUUCGAUUUACCACUUUGGUUGAAGGCUAGUCGGAUAGUUCUCGAGAAAGGAAUGCCAGUUAUUGUUAGGCUGGGAGGCUUCCACACCCUGAAAAGCUUUUUGGGGUGUGUGGGUUAUAUCAUGGCAGACUCCGGACUGGAAGACCUUAUGAGAUUAGUCUACCCUGGGGAUGUAACUCACAUAAUGGACGGUGGAUCCUAUUACAAAGCACUGAGGGCCCACUUUUUAAUAGAUUGUGCUCUCUGCUGUUAUUUAUUUGAGGACAAAAUAGCAGAGGAGGAUCUUGAAGAAAUGGCUAGCUACAUUGCCAAGUGUAGCAAUGAAAAACUCGGUGUAAACCACAAGACCAGAGUCGUACAAGAGUUAUCAGAGCGUAUAAAAAAGAAGUUCGAGAUGUUAUCGUCGAACAGCCGCACAGCUGCUCUUUGGACAACUUAUCAUGGUUUCAUUUGCUUAAUAAAAGAUUUUAUAAGAGCAGAACGGUUACAUGACUUCGAUCUACAUCUUGCAAUUGUGGCUAAGAUGUUGCCUAUCUUUGCAGCAGCAGGUCGAGGUCAGUACUCCAAAGCUCUACGGCUGUAUCUUGAGCAGAUUACCGUACUUGAGAUUCAGUAUGGGGCACUAGUCAAAACGUUCAAGGUCGUAGGUCUGCACACAGUUCGAUAUAAUGAACACGAGUGGUCUGGUGUGUGGACAGACCUGUCGAUCGAACAGCGACUAAUGAAGGCUGCAAAGUCAUCAGGGGGUUUGUCUGGAGGGAGAAUGCGAACUCAUGAAUCUGCCCAUCAGUUAUGGACUGCAACCCUCAAUCAAAUGGCGUUGAUAAACGAGAGUGUCGAUGAAGCUAUUGCAGACUUAUCCAAUAAAAGAACAACAACAAAAGCCUCUAGUGCUAAUCACUCAGAUCUUAGCAAAUCUUCUGUACAGAAAAAUAUUGCAGUGUUUACCAAGCUGUUGUGUUGGUUUAAAGAUACAGCUGAUUUCGACGAAUCUGAAGACAAGACUAAAAUGCUAUCGUACUCAACGGGUCUCAUAUCACAGAAAGAGAAGGAUAAUGUCAACCCAGAAGAUUGCAUUUCAGUUGGUACUGCCCUCCAGAAAGAGCUGGAUGGCAAAAGCUUUAUCGAUAAGUUUCGAGUUAAAGGCAAAGUCGGAAACUUGACCCUUCUAAAGAAGACAGUGAGGGUGAACGAAAAAGACAUUGUGAUAGACUCAUUGACAAUUUUUAAUCGGCUUGUCUUCGCAUCUGAACGAGAGUCUACACUGGAGGAAAGCUUGCAAUAUGAGCUCACAGCAAUGCCGAUGAGUCUUUUUAACAAUGAGCAGAUGAUGAGAAAGGCAAACAAGGCAGCCCUUGGGCAAUACCUCAAGAAUGUUGUUGAUUGUACUGUGACAUUUAGCAACCCAUCCUCCCCAUUAAUAAUUGAUGGUGGAUGGCUACUCUAUCAAGUUACCUCGUUCACAGGCUUUGAAACAUACGGCGACAUAGCUAAUGAAUACCUUAAGCUAGUUCCGAAAUCCGAACAGCGGAAAGUGAUUGUUGUGUUUGAUGGCUAUGCCCGAUCAACAAAAGAUCAUGAGCAUCAGCGAAGAAUCAAGGCAUACUGCUCUGAUAUAGCUAUUAAAAGUACUACUGUGUGCACAGUUCCGAUGAAAAAACUGUUCAGCAACUCAAAGAACAAGCAUGAGCUUAUAAAGCUUCUGUCGAACGUUUUUACAGAACAUGGAAUUGAAGUACAUGUAGCUACUGAUGAUGCUGAUACCAUGGUAGCUAGUAAAGCUUUAAACUUGUCCUUCUACGAAGAUGUUGAGGUAAAAGCAGAGGAUACUGAUAUACUUUGCCUCCUUAUUCAUCAUUUUACUGAGAAUCACAAUGAAAUUGUGAUGACGACCAGAAACGGCUCACACUCGAUCAGUAAAAUAGUAAAUGCUCUUGAUGCCAACAUAAAACGCAUAUUACUGUUUAUUCACAGUUUCUCAGGAUGUGACACGGUCAGCAGUAUACAUGGCUUUGGUAAGGUGAAGAUAUUGAAAAAGGCAAUUUCUUUUCAUGAGGAGGGUCAUUUAACAUCCUUACUCUCUGUGAGAGUUUCAACAAAUGAAGUAAUUGAAGCUGGCCUCUCCUUGUUUCAACAUAUCUAUGGAGAUACAACCAAGGCACUUGAAACUCUCAGAUUUCUCAGCUACAGUAGAAUGAUAGCAAAGAAAAAACUCAACCCAUCAAGGCUACCACCGUCUACAUCCUCUGCAACUGAGCAUAUAUUAAGAUCAUAUCUUCAGUACCAUAACUGGGUGACACUCGACACUGCAAGUCUAAAUCCACUACAUUAUGGAUGGGAGAUGAGUUCUGAAGGAUACUACCGGCCAAUCCCGACUAAAGCUGCGAUUGCCCCGGCAGGGAUGCUCAACCUCAUUUGCUGCAAUUGCUCGGUGGAGGUUGAGAACCCUUGUAAGUACUUAAGGUGUUCCUGCCGGAAGUAUGGCUUUAAAUGUCUACCUGCAUGUGGCCAAUGUCAUGGAUUAAGUUGCACUAAUGCACCCGAAAGACAGGACGAUUCAGGAGAAUCAAACAACUCUGAGGAAAUGGGAUAGCCAGAAGUGACCUAAUAUUUACCAAUCAAAGACACCAUGCUAAUAAUUCGGGAUCUUUUUUUACAGAAUUUGAUGUGAUAUGUAUAUUAUUUACUAUACUAAUAUAAGGAUCAAUUGACAAUUGAAAGUUAAUUUUAGAAUUUGAAUACUG